UUUGCUUGAGAAUUACUGCGCUCGUCUAGGCUAGCUAGAGCACUUAUAUGGCGUACUACUGUGACCCUUCUUCGUACGCCAGCACACUCUUUUGUGCCCCCUUUGUCCGGCGCCGCCCCUCGCCGCCCCCGACGACAUACUAUCCGCGCGAAACAUAUGACCAGUAUGUCCGCGCACUUGCCGAGGAACAAGCCGCUCGCUCAGCACUUCAGGAUGCUAUUCGACGCGAACGCGAGGCACGCCAACGCCGUGCUGAGGAAGAAGCCAAAGCACAUAUCCGCGAGAGGGUGAGGAGACAGGAGGAAGCCCAAGCCCGCGCUCGUCAACGGCAACGUCCUCAGUCAUUUUACGGCUUUCCCUUCGGGUAUCCUCAACAUCAGUUCGGCUUCCCAGACUUUGGGGGAUACGGAAAUUACGAAGAUGAAGGCGAAGACGGUGAUGAAGCUACUACGUAUCCUUACUCGUGGUACUCGUAUGCACCGAGACGCGAGCCGGUGAGGAGGCCGCAGACCCAAGCGCCACCAAAAGCUCCCCGGUCUCAAUCUCGUUCACCAGUAUACAAUCGGCAACAGAGCCAGAGCUCCGCCGAACGUCGGGGUGCAAGUUCACCAAAGGUCUCUAUCCCGAUUACGACCCCGUCGUCAACCCAUCCUGAAGCCUCACCGGAAGAACAGAAUGCUGCAGCAUCCAAGAUCCAAGCUGCAUAUCGGGUCCACGCAUCUCUCUCGUCCAUCAAAUCCGCUAGAGAACGAUUUACUUCUCUCCUUAACGCUUUCACUUUUCCAGCAGAACUAGACUUUGACCUGUCCUCACCGCCGUCGGGAGAUGAACGACCGAAACUUGCGUAUACAUCACGUAAUGCUCCCGUACAUGCACAUGAGGAUGCAUUGAUAAAGCUAUUGCAGACCCUGGAUGCUGUAGAGAGUCAUGGAGAUGUGCAUGUUAGAGAAGCCAGGAGGGAACUUGUUCGGGAGAUCGAAAAAGAACUGGGAAGGAUUGAUGCUGAAGUCCGGAGAGCCUGGGAUGAGGUGCAGUCCAAGCCCGAACCCGAAUUUGCUCUAGCAUCUGCUGCUGUUGAGGAAACAGUGAUCGACGUUCCAAUUGCACCUGAGACCAUCGCUUCCUCUGAACCUGUCUUUGUCGAUCAGAAGGAAGCUUCCGAGACGAUGCAUAUCGAUACUGAGGCUCAAGCUCCAACUCCAUCGACGAUUGACGAACCUACGUCCCCCAUUGACGCGAAGAUGGACGACAUGCCUACUGAGCUUUCGAGUGUCUCCAACUCUAUUGACACGGAGACAGUCACCACGUCGUCACAGCCUGAGGCACCUCUCGAAUCAAUGGAUGUCGAACCCGAACUCAAAUCCCAGACUGAGCCCGAGGGUGAGACCGGAUCAGAGCCAUAUAUUCUCUCUGAAGACGACGCCCGCGAAAUCGAAGAUAUCACCACGGCCUUAGAGCCUCCUAUCGAAGAAGAUUCCAGCAUCAAUCCUAACCCCGAAAAUGCAAAUUCUGUGGAGUCUCCUGUUGACUCUGAGUCAGAGGUAAUACGGACCCCUCCGACCCCCCAUGUCUCGUUGCCUUUAUCCCAGCCUACAAUUCGCAGCGAAGCGGUAGUCCCUGCUCUUACUGUACGUUCAUCUGGACUGCAGGAACCUAGUCCUGAGCCCAAGCCACCUUCUGUCGUGCAUCAGACUACUGUCGAAGACGUCACGGAUGAGAAGGAUGAAGAUGAGUUUGUAGUGCUUUAGGUCCAGGAUGGGGUUUGUUGGUAUUUUCUCCCUCGAUUCUCCUUCUCGUCUCUAUAUAGUCUUCUGUUUAUUUUGUUUAUUCUCUUCG